GAUUUUCAUGAAACACCAAAUCUCAAACUUGAGGUCCGUCUGCAGAGCUGGCCGAUGAUCUGAUCAUUUGAAGCAGGUGUGCCGGAGGAGGCAAACAUCUCAAAACCCGCAUGACGACGGACCUCGAGGCCCGGAGCAUCGCACCUGCGCAUGAACUCAAUUAACUUUCAUCAGCGUGAUGUUGCUCAUUAAAUCCCUUUUAGCGUUCGGCUGAAGAAGACGAUGCCGUCCACGUCGCACUUUAAGUGUAGGUGUGGUGUGUUCCUUUGGUCCCGAGCUACGUGCUGCGGUCGCGUCGGAUGCGAGUCCAAAAGUUCAACCUUUUGAUGGAGCCGAUGUGAGCAAAAGCUCCCAAACGAUCUUCACUUCUGCAUGUGAAUGUGCAACAGACAUGGCAGUCGGUUACCUGUUGUUGAUCCUCCUCAGUUUCUCGUCGGCCGCCGAGGAAUUCUACACGUCCAUCGGUCACAUGACGCAGCUGGUGUACACGGAGAAGGAGCUGUUGGCCUCGUUGGACGAUUACAUCCAAGCGGAGCAGAACAAACUGGAUUCGGUCAAAAGGUGGUCUGAGAGGCUGGCCAACAUGUCGGCGUUUGCCAUCCAAGACCCCGAAACCUUCCUGAGCCACCCCGUGAACGCCUUUAAACUUCUGAAGAGGAUGAACCGAGAGUGGCGCGCCCUGGAGAUGCUGGUGCGCAGCAACGUAUCCGAUGGCUUCGUGUCCAACCUGACCUCCAGGAGUGAGGACCUCCCCAACGAGGGUGACCAGACGGGCGGGGCCGAAGCCCUCCUGAGGCUGCAGGACACCUAUCAGCUGGACAGCGACACCAUGGCCAAAGGGAAGCUGCCAGGAACCUCUCUGCUCCUGAGCAGCCUGACGGUGGACGACUGCUUCGACCUGGGCAUGGCGGCGUACCAGGAGGAAGAUUUUUACUACGUGGAGAUGUGGAUGGCUCAGGCUCUCCAGCAAAUGCAGCAGGGCGAGACGCUCUCAAGCGUGGACCCCAUCACCAUCCUGGACUACCACAGCUACGCCCUCUACAGGCAAGGAGAUCUGGAAGCCGCCUUGGUGUCCACCAAGCAGCUGCUGGCGAUUGAUCCAGAAAACCAGCGAGGCAAAAGUAAUCUGGCCUACUUUGAGUACGAGCUGGCGAAACCGGACAGGGUCGAGAUCAUUCCGGUGAUACCCAACAAGUAUCUAACUGCCUACAAUGCGACGGUGUACAAGCAGCUGUGUCGCGGCGAAAGCGUCGCCUUGACGCCACGGAGACGGAGCCGCCUCUUCUGCCGUUACCACGACAACCACGGCCAUCCCAACCUCCUGAUUGCUCCCUUCAAAGAGGAAGACCUCUGCGACGCUCCCCGCGUCGUCCGCUAUUACGACGUGGCGUCCCACAAGGACGCGGAAGUCAUCAAAAAGUUGGCCAAACCCAAACUCACCCGCUCCAAAGUGAGAAACAACACGGACCACACAAAUGUUAAAUCUCGAGUCAGAAUCUCCCAAAACUGCUGGCUGGAGAACAACGGGUACAAGGUGGUGAAGAAGCUGAUCAACCGAGUGGGCUACAUCACCGGCCUGGAAAUGUCCACCGCAGAGUGGAUGCAGGUUGCCAACUAUGGCGUGGGAGGACUUUAUGAACCACAUAUCGACUUUCAAGGGAAAGAGGUUAAGAACCCGUACGAAUAUUUGGGAACAGGAAACCGAAUUGCCACCUGGCUUCUUUAUUUAAGCCACGUGGAGGCAGGGGGCGCCACCGUCUUCCCCAGAGCGGGCGCUUUCGCCAAGCCCGUCAAGGGCUCGGCCAUCUUCUGGUACAAUCUUCACCCCGACGGAGAGGGAGACCAUCAAACCCAACACGCUGCCUGUCCCGUCCUGGUGGGGAGCAAAUGGGUGGCCAACACGUGGCUGCACGAGAGAGGUCAGGAGUUCAAGAGGCGCUGCGAUCUGCAAAGUUCGGCUGAGCAGGGCUUAACUUCAGACUCGCAGUAUCGGCAUGACGGGUAGCUGUGUUGCCAUGGCGACCCUCAUCUGCUCUGUUUUGAAAAAAAGCACCACAUGUUCAACUUCAGCGCUCAAACGUGUUAGCCUUAAUAAUAAAAAUAAUGAUGAUGAUAAUAAUAAUAAUAAUAAAAUGGCUGCUGACAUCAAAUUGUAACUUUGGACACUGAGAGGCUUGACUCACAAUGGACUCUAUGCAGGCGCCAUUUACGCAUUUAGGCUAUGACGGCAUGCUAACUUUCGUUUGCUCGGCUGACGCGAUCCUAAUGACAGUCUCAAACUCUCCCAAAUAUACUGCUGGAAUGAUGUCAAGCUACCGUAAAUGACAUCUUAGCUUUCAAAUUGCUCCAGUUAUCCAAGUGAUCAAAGCGUCUGAACGAGCCAUUUGCAGUUUUACCAUGCAAGCAAGGCGCAGACUUGCACGGCUUUUUGAGAUGCUCGACUCGAAUCGGUUUACAGGGCACAGACUCAAUCGUGACUUGAACGAAGUGCUGCUGUCCAGAAAUGGAAAAGAAAGCCUGAGUUGUCAGUUCCCGUAUUUGAGUUCGGCCCGCUUAGCGAGUGGCAAGGCAAGAUGGCCGCCGGUGGCUUCACUUCUUGCUGACUGUCGGCCAUGCUUUGUUGCAGGGUGAAGUUGUACAAUGCGUUUGUCUUUGUUUGUAGUAGCGUCUAACGGGUAAUCAUGUU